GGGCUAGCCAAGGAGACGCUGGACAGAGGGAUUUUGAGUCCACGCCUUCUUCACCCAAUCACUGCUGGGUCCUCAUUCACUCCAGACACAAACCGCCAACUAGUAAGGUUGUGCGCGGCUUUUAUUCUGGAAGCUUUGCUAUUUCUUUAGUCUGUGCCUUUUGAAAGUAAAGCGGCUUCAAGAGACAGUAGUCAACUGCAUCGCCAUAUUGGAUUUUUCAUGGCGACCAUUUCUCCAUGUACACACUUCGCUAUUUUUCUUCUGUUGCUUCAUUUCCUGACUGCAUCACCCGCCACUCAAGUUGACCUUGUAAUCAAUACCAGUCAUGGGAAAGUUCAAGGGAAGUUGAUUUCAGUGCUGGGUGGUGAUGUUGGAGCAUUUCUUGGUAUUCCUUAUGGAAAACCACCUCUAGGAAAACUGAGAUUCAGAGCCCCAGAGCCAGUACAGAGAUGGGAAGGAGUGAGAGAUGCCACCACGCUCCCAAAGUCCUGCUACCAGAUGAAAGAUACAACCUUUUCAGGGUUCAAAGGUGCAGAGAUUUGGAACCCAAACACUCCUCUGAGUGAGGACUGUCUGUACCUAAAUGUCUGGUCCCCACAUUUCAAUAAAAUCCAGCGUCAACCCUUACCCCUGGCUCCUGUUCUUGUCUGGAUCUACGGAGGCGGGUUCACUGUAGGAACAUCCUCCCUGGACAUUUAUGAUGGCCGCUUCCUGAGUAAAUCUGAAGGUGUUGUUGUUGUGUCAAUGAAUUACAGACUUGGAGCUUUGGGUUUCCUGUAUCUUCCUGACAACAAGAACAUCCAGGGCAAUGCGGGUCUGCUGGACCAGCGCCUAGCCCUUCAGUGGGUAGCCAAUAAUAUCGCUGCUUUUGGAGGUGAUCCUUCAAAGGUGACUCUGUUUGGGGAGAGUGCUGGGUCAGGAUCUGUGGGCCUCCACCUGCUAUCCCCAGGGAGCCAUGGUCUUUUUCAAAGGGCUGUGAUGGAGAGUGGUUCUCCUAAUGCACCCUGGGUCACAAUCAGCCAGAAUGAGUCCUGGAACAGGGCCCUGAUGCUGGCAACAUCACUGGGGUGUCCCACAUCUCAUCUAGGUGAACUGGAAGCUUGUCUGCAGCAGGCUGAUCCUGGGAAAAUCAUAUUGAAGCAACAGUUUGUUCUCACACAGCCUUCACUCUUAGGUUUAGGCUUUGUCCCUGUCGUUGAUGGGGACUUCCUUCCAGAUAAACCCGAAGUGCUACUGAGUACCAGUAACCUCCCAAAGAAAGAGGUGCUGCUUGGCUUAAACAAGGACGAAGGGACCUACUUCCUAAUUUAUGGAGUGCCUGGAUUUAACAUCACUGGUCAGAGUCUCAUCACCAGGAAAGAGUUCCUGUACGGAGUGAACCUUACAAUGGUAGACACAAGUGACAUCUCAAGAGAAGCAGCAAUUUUCCAGUACACUGACUGGACAGAUGAGAAUAACAGGAUGAAAAACCGUGACUUGCUUGGUAGUCUGGUUGGAGACCAGCAAUUCGUUUGUCCUGUGAUAGAGUUUGCUCAAAGGUACUCACAGUAUGGUGGCAAGACUUUCCUAUAUUUAUUUGAUCACCGGUCGUCGAUCAAUCCUUGGCCAGCAUGGAUGGGUGUUAUGCACGGCUAUGAAAUCGAAUUUGUCUUUGGAAUGCCUCUGAAUGCAUCCCUGGGAUACACGAAGAAUGAAGUGAACAUGACUAAGAAGAUUAUGAAACACUGGGCCAACUUUGCCCGAACAGGGAAUCCAGGGAUUGAUGGAGCUAACUGGCCCGUCUUCACCCCUGAACAGCAGGACUAUGUCACUCUGAACUACAACCCUCCAGAACAAAAGGCCAUGAUGAGAGCUCAAGAGUGUCAACUCUGGAACAAAUUACUACCAAAUGUACAGAGAGUCUCAGAUGAUCUCCAGUCUUGUGUAAAUGCAAACGGGAUUAUACUCCACUGUAAUUACAAAUUCCUCCUCAUUUUACUGGUUAUGAGUUUACUAGUUUACUAGAUUGAUGAGACCUAUCUUUCAUUCAGUUUACAUUAAAAAAAAAAGUAGUGGAGAGAAAGAAUGAGUAAAUUUGGUCACGGAAGAAGAUGUCUAUUAUAUUAUUGAACCAUUAUUACUAAGGCAUUAACAUGUAAGUGAUACUUAAAUGUUGUAGUUAAUCUGGACAGAUAAUUUUAAGAGCCUCUUAAUACUGUGGGGUAUAUUAAUCUGCAAUGAUGCAUCAUAUUUUAGAAACUGAUCACAUAUUUUAGAAACUGUAAUUUGAAAAGCACCUAGUAAUUAUACCCGUUAAAUAAAUGUGGUGGAUUAUAACGUACAAUAUUUCACAUUAACAUGUAAUGGAGUAGAAGUAUAAGGUAGCAUAAAAUAGAAUUACUCAAGUGAAGUACAAGUACCUCAAAUCUUUACUUAAGUAUGCAGUAUGUACUUAAUUACUUUCAACCACUAAUUUUACAGUGUGUGGUUUAGUUAAAGGGAUGCUCCUCUUCACUUUGUUGUAUUAUUCCUAUUGACAGACCCUAAAGUCAACCAAAUACAACAGUGGCAAAGAAAAAAAAAAAAGAUGAUUCUAUUGCAGAUACUAGUACUACACAAUUUACAACAACUAAAUAGUGGCUACUUUUAUGACAUGAGAAUUUUAUUUCUGUUCCCUUGUUAAUGUUCGGUGUGGGUGCACUAUUAUUGGAAAAAUUAGAAAUUAGAGUGAAUUGUGUUACAUUCACAUUCAAUUGUGAAACUUGACUUGCACAAAUUCAUUUUAAACCUGUCACCAUUUGUGACCGAGGGAAGAAUUCAGUUUUUCAUGUCUAGCAGAUUAAAUCAUAAUCAUCACAAAGACACAAUCAGGGAUGCUCUGGAUUUGUAUUAAUGAUUGCAUUUAUCAUGAAAGGCCAUGUACUGACU